AUUGUGCGAUGUUCCGUCAGUAGGAAUCGGGAUUUUGUGACGGCUGGACGCGUCGUGGAGUGGUGAGUCUGAGAAAUCACACGAGCACGUAUGACAGAAGCGGCACGUGCUUACGCAAAUGUAUAAGUGUACACACCGAUCCAAUUCUCGUACAGUGUAAAGUCCAUUGACAGAAAGGAUAGUCGCGUCGUGGUGUAACUGGACAUUAGUUGAGAAGUUGCCGGCUUCGUUUUAUGUUAUCUGACAUGCGGUCGAUUAUAUUCCUGAAAAACAUCGAAUGUUAGGAUCGUUGUUUUAUAUUCAAUGGACAGAUGUGAGAAGAAAUCGAAAGCGUGAAUAUUCAUGGCGUGAGGUUAUGGGGGGAUCGAAUACCUGACGGAUACUCUGUUCUACUUGACGACCUUUUUACGUGACUGAGAAAGAAGGUGAAUCAGUAAAGGCGAAACGAUCAAACGUCCAGCUCACCAGCUUCCAGAAGACGUUGUCGAACCUGAUCGUCGUCAGCUGCAUCGUCAGCGGUGUAACGAACGAAAAGUAGAAGGAUCGCAGAACCAAAAACAAGUAAUAAAGUAAUAAAGUAAAGAGAUAUUGAAGGAGAAGAUGGCUCACGAGAACGGCGUAAACGGCGAUACCGAUUCCGAAACGGUGGAAUUGAAUUCCCUGAGAAGAACCAGAUUCCACGUAAAUCGAGUAGACAGUCUGGAAGGUCGUGCCAGCCUUCUUGGCGAGCAGGAAACGAGAAAGUCUCUUAGGCACAUGACGAGGGAGGCUCUCCCUAGACUGGAUAAUUAUAGAAACAUUAUGAGUAUUCAGGCUGCUCAUAGACCGUCUUUGGACGAGCUUCACAAUCCCACUCUGCUUAACAAGGACGCAGGAUCGCAUAUAUUACCAAUAGCACAGGUGAAAUCAUCGAUUUCCGGUAUAAAAUUCGGAUGGAUUCAAGGAGUCUUAUUGAGAUGUCUUCUGAAUAUUUGGGGGGUGAUGCUCUUUCUACGACUCUCUUGGGUCGUAGCACAAGCUGGCAUAGGGGAAGCUAUUUUAUUGAUUUCAAUAACGACAGCUGUAACCACAAUAACAUCUUUAUCGAUGUCGGCGAUUAGCACAAAUGGGCUCAUUAAAGGAGGUGGCACAUAUUACAUGAUUUCCAGAUCACUGGGACCCGAAUUCGGAGGUUCUAUAGGACUUAUAUUUUCUUUGGCGAAUGCAGUCGCUUGCUCCAUGUACGUUGUUGGAUUCUGUGAAAGUAUGGUUGACUGUUUAAAAGCGAAUGAGAUUUGUAUCGUUGAUUGUGACAAUACAGACAUCAGAAUUAUAGGUUGUAUCACGAUAGUUCUGUUGCUGCUGAUCGUUAUGUUCGGUUUGGAAUGGGAGGCGAAGGCUCAGAUUGGUUUGCUGAUUAUUUUGCUCUUAGCUAUCGUCGAUUUCAUGAUUGGCACCAUCAUUGGACCUAAAGACGAUCAGGAACGGGCCAAAGGAUUUAUAGGAUACAACGCUGAUCUAUUCAAAGAGAACUUUUAUUCGGACUACAGAUACAGCGAAGGGGUGGAACACAACUUUUUUUCAGUUUUGGCUAUUUUCUUUCCUGCGGCUACGGGUAUCCUGGCAGGUGCGAAUAUAUCCGGUGAUUUGAAGGAUCCACAAACAGCUAUUCCUAAAGGAACACUGUUGGCUAUUCUUUUAACAACUAUAUCUUACCUCUUUAUGGCGCUUAUGGUGGGCGGCACAGUUAUGCGAGACGCGUCUGGUGAUAUUAAUGAUUUGUGGAACAUUUUCAAUAAUUCAUAUACUGCUUUAUCGAGUUUGAAUGCGACUAAUGAAACAACUGAAUCCCCAAUUGCUACCUUAAAUACUAGCGAAAUAGUAUGGAGCAUGUAUGACACAAAAUUUAAUUGUACAGGACAUUGUCUUUAUGGUAGUCAUAAUAGUUUUCAGGUGAUUGAAUUGGUUUCUGUAUUUGGACCAUUUAUUUAUGCUGGAUGCUUUGCAGCUACUUUAUCAAGUGCCUUAGCAUCACUAGUUUCUGCACCUAAAGUAUUUCAGGCACUUUGUCUUGAUAAAUUGUAUCCUGGAAUAGAGUGGUUUAGUGGUGACAAAGACAAAGAGCCAAUUCGUGGUUACUUUCUUACAUUUAUAAUUGCUGUUGGUUUCAUUUUAAUCGGAGAAUUGAAUGCCAUAGCUCCGUUGAUCUCAAAUUUCUUUUUGGCUGCCUAUACUCUUGUUAACUUUAGCACGUUUCAUGCUUCAUUGGCUAAACCAAUCGGUUGGAGACCAACGUUUAAGUAUUAUAAUAUGUGGCUAAGUCUUGCUGGUGCUAUUCUCUGUGUUUCUGUGAUGUUCUUGAUCUCAUGGUGGACAGCGCUAAUCACUUUAUUCGUAGUUCUAGCACUUUAUUUAGUAGUCUCGUACAGAAAGCCAGAUGUUAAUUGGGGUUCUACGACACAAGCUCAGACAUAUAAUAACGCCUUAAACGCUGUUCAGCAGUUAGAUAGAGUCGAAGAACACGUUAAAAAUUACAGACCUCAACUGCUAGUACUCAGUGGUACUCCAAGUACAAGAUCAGCGCUCAUUGACUUUGCACAUUAUAUUACUAAAAAUAAUAGCUUAUUUAUUUGUGGGCAUAUUAUCGAGUCACCAAUUUCAUAUAAAACGCGCAAUUCCAUGACCGUGAACUGUACUUCAUGGUUUAGAGCGAAUAAAAUUAAGGCAUUUUAUUCCAUGGUGGAUGGUGCAAAUUUUCAAGACGGCACUACUUCUCUUUUGCAAGCCGCUGGCUUGGGAAAAAUGAGGCCCAAUAUUUUGUUAAUGGGCUACAAACAAGACUGGGCGACUUGUCCUCGAGAAAAUUUGAAUAUGUACUUUAAUGUAAUGCACAAAGCUUUGGACAUGCAUAUAGCAGUAGCACUUCUUCGAAUAAGCGAGGGUUUAGAUUGUAGCACGGUUGUAGGAGAUGCUGAAGAACAAAAGAAAAAUGCGCAAACAAUUCCAGGAAAUCAAAGCUUUUCUCAGCUUAGUCAGGCUAGUAGUACGUCAGAUAUUUCUAUUCCUGGGAGUCCAGCUCCAAGAAGGUCCAAAGUAAUUAACGAAUAUCCUAAUCCAACUGCGCAAGGUCAACGUGAAAAUCAACAGAAUUUUCUACCGGUAGCAAAAGAUAUACUUAGUACUGUAACAAAAUUUCAGCGUAAGCAAAAAAAGGGUACGAUAGAUGUAUGGUGGUUGUACGAUGAUGGUGGUUUAACCCUUUUGCUACCCUAUAUAAUAAGUACAAGACGUAAUUGGUCUAAUAGCAAGUUAAGAGUUUUCGCUCUUGCAAAUAAAAACUCAGAGCUCGAAUAUGAGCAAAGAAAUAUGGCAAGUCUUUUAUCGAAAUUCAGGAUAGAUUACUCUGCCUUGAACGUAAUACCAGAUAUUUCAAAACCAGCUCAGGAUACUACCAAAAAUUUCUUUAAUACAUUAAUAGCAAAUUUUCAAGAAACGGAAAAUACAAAAACGGACGAUGAUAUCAUUAAAGAUUCUGAAUUAACCGCUAUGAAUGAGAAAACAAAUCGGCAUCUACGUUUAAGAGAAUUAUUACUUGAAAAUUCAAUGGAAGCUAAUUUAGUAGUUAUGACAUUGCCAAUGCCUCGAAAGGGUGCUGUAUCAGCACCUCUUUAUAUGGCUUGGCUUGAAACUUUAACACGCGACAUGCCACCAUUUUUGCUUGUUCGAGGCAAUCAUACAUCUGUCUUAACUUUUUAUUCUUAAUAAGGGAAAACAAAUAACAAUACUUGUGCACUGUGACGUUAAUAAUUAUUAAAGUUAAUUGAAGUAUUUUACCAAUGACUUAAAUAUUAUAGUUGCACAUACGAAUGAAUUGAUUAAAAUGAAAAAUAGAACUGCCGCGGAAUAUAGAUAACAGUAAGAGGCCUUUAUAAUGAGAGUGACACAUGUUUGAAUGAGUUAGUAUUCAGGUGUGUUUAAUAAGAAUUAAUCCCUGAAUAUAUUCGAAUACAACGAAUGCAGCAAGACUGUAUUAUUUGUUAAAAUAACGUUCGCUACGAUAACUGUUCCUGAAUUUCGAAAUGUUAUCCAUCCACCAAUUUUAAAAAGAAAUAACUGCAUCCUCAUAAAUAUUUAAAAUAAAUGACGUUAUCAGAUACUGUAAAUUGUACAAUCAUCAAUAACAUGUUUUACAUAUUUGAUUACAAUUAUUCAAAAUUUCGAUAAUAUAUAAAGAUAUUAUAGUUAAUUAAUUUAUUUAGAAAACUAUUGACAAUCGUUAAAUAAAAUAUUUUGAAUAAUUAUAGGCAAAUAUGAACCAUUAAAAUAAAAAUUUGAGAAAAAAUACUAGUCCUAGGUAGCACUAUAAUUGAAAUUGGUAUCUAUUUAUAUCAAAGUAUAAAACCAUGUAUAAAAUUUUAAAAUUAAAUUACAUUGCAGGUACUAUACUGAGUCACUCAUAAUAAAGUAUUGCAAAUGUUUUGUGAGAACAUUUUUUAAAUACGUAAA